AUGUCAUCCUGUUUCGGCUUCCGCAAGAAGGCCUCAGCGUCAGACCGAGAACCUCUCCUCCCCCAAUAUGAAGACGACACGGAAUUGCAGCGAAAGCUGCACCAAAAGCUCCACACGUAUCAGAUGUUCCGCGCGUUCUCGAAAGGAUUCAUGCCCAGUACCGAACAGAUCAUUAUCAAUCUGCGCACAAUACUCGCGAGCGAUGUUCUGAACGCCGAUAAUGAAGACUUGUCAAACAGCGGCCGAAGACUGGUCAAGUUGACAAGGCAAUGGCUCCAGCAGUUCAUGGAUCUUGUACAGCACAAGAACGACAGAGAUCAAAUUCAAGACAUUGUUUGGUUCUUGAGCAAGAGCAGAAUAUCAGUUGAUGUGGAGGACAUUGCUGAGCAGGCAAAGAAGAGCAAGGCACGAGCGGAUACCGCCGCUGCAUACGAGAGCUUCAAGACAGUCGGAUCUCUCCUUCUCACCAACUCAGACUUCCGCGUGUUCGUGAGUGAUCUUAACGUCAUUGGUAGAGAGGUGUUCAGAGACUCUGCCUUUGCCUUGUCCAGUGCUGCGGAGGACGCGGCCAAGAAAGUUGAGCCGUCAUCAGAGGAGCAACAGCAGGUGUCUAAGCCUGGAGCUGAAUCUGAUGAGCCAGCACCUACGGCCCAAGAAUUGGGGCAAGAUGUUGGCGAUGUCAGCAAAGUCGUGGCCAAUGGUACAGCACAGGUGGCGAAGACGGCAGCAGGAAGCACCGCCGACAGGCUGUCUGGAGAUGAGGGCCAGACGUUGGUCAACCGCCUGAAACAGGCAGUCCUGAAGCUUCGCAAACGGAAUGACUAUUCUGAUUCGGUGUCGACGCUUUCUUUGCUGCUCAAACGCUAUGCUGUGGCGUACUCCAGAGUUCUCGAGGACGUGGAUAAUGUCGCCCAGCGCGAUGUGCGCGAAAACGAAGCCAUGGAUCGUGCGAUGCACAACAUAUGGAUCUUCGUCACCAGCUUUGGCGACAAGAAAGAAUGGGAGAAGCUCGAGCAGCAGUUCAAACAGAUCAUGAGCCACAAAGACAGCGACCCACAGUUCGAGAAAAUGAUGACAGAGACAGGCAAUUCGCUCCAGAAGCUCCUCACAGAUCCAAGCUUCCUCGACAACGCACAAGAGAAGUUCAAGGAAUUGAGGGCCAAGAGCCAGAAGACUGCUUCGGGUAGCAAUCUGAAUAAGGAACUUGAAGCGCUGCUCAAACAGGUUGAGGUGACUCUCAGCAGAGUUCUGCAGGAUGAAGACAUUCACAACCUGAUUGCGACCACGCUCAAGAUCUUCAAGAUCCUCUCGCCGCUCGACCAAGCCACUAAUCCAGAGCUUCUCCAGGACUCGAUCAACGUAUUUGUGCCGCUGCUCAUUGCGGCCAUUCAGUACAUCCCCAUCCCACGACUGGAGGUCAGCACGCCUGAGGUCGACCUGCUUCUGGAGAAUUUGAUCGUCGAGCCUGGAAAGACCGUCAACCAAACAUCAUUCCUCCCAUAUCGACUGAAGGUGGAGACCUACAACGACCUGGAGAUUCGAAAGGCUAAGUUCAAGACUACCACCGCGACCACCAAUCUCAUGACCAUCAAGCUGGAUGGGAUGUCUUUGAAGGCUGAGGAGAUCGGCUUCUGGCUGCGAGCGCACAAGGGCAUUUUGCGUCUCGCCGACGAAGGCAUCGGCAGCUUCGAACUGGACGAAAAGGGCAUCGACAUCCACGUCGACGUCGAGAUCUGCCGCGAAAGAAUGGAACAGAUCCUGACCCUCAAAGCUGUGAGAGUGCACAUCCACAAACUCAACUACAAAUUCCGCAAGACCAAGUUCAGCUGGUUGACCUGGCUCUUCAAGCCCCUCCUCCGCCCAAUCCUGCGCAAGACGAUGGAACAGCAACUCGCAUCCGCCCUGGCAGACUUCUUCCACGCUGCCAACCGCGAGCUCGUUUACGCAAGGGAGCGCCUACGAGCCACUCGUAUUGCAGACCCCAACGACCUUCUCACGUUCUUCAAGGCCGUCGCCGCUCGACUUACACCUGCCGAAGACCCAGACCUCUAUACCCUUGUUGGCGUUGCUCAGCCUGGCAAAGGUGUCUUCAAGAAUGUCUACGCUCCUGGCAGUAUCGUCAAGGUGUGGAACGAGGAGGCUACGCGUGCUGGUGAACGAGUGGAGGACUUUGAUGCUGGAGGGUGGAGGAAUGAGAUUUUCGAUACGCAUGUUCGCGCGAUGACGUGA